UUCAAGCCCCAUCCAGCCUGGUCUUGGACACUUCCAGGGAUGGGGAAGCCCAGCCUGAGGAGAAAAGAACACAAAAGCACAAGCUGUAGGUUGUAUGAAGUCUGUUGGAACUGCAGUCUGGGUGGCACCUGCAGGGCAGGACGGUUUUGGUGCCCUCAGAACUGAUUCUGAAGCAGCUGGAAGCACUGAGGGGAAGAACCUGAGCAUGAAAGUCUUGCAGCAUCAGGGAGGAUCGUGGCUAUUAACAACCCACAGAGCUCCUGAGCCAGGUGUGGCUGCGGGAUCCUGGGCCCAGAGGCUGCCUGGGCAGCAGCAGGGAGGAGAGCAGGGAUGAGGGCCAGGAGGGCACUCAGUGGGCACAGGUCAGACCUGCAGCAAUGGCAGGGAAAGCAGCACCUGCCCGGACCAGCAGGUCCCGAGGGUGGUGUGAAGAGGUCACGCUCUACCCUGAGGGCAGGGACAAGUGGAGUGUCACCAGUGUCUGUCUUGGCACAUGUCCUGUGGAACAUCCUCAUCAGCUGCAGGAAAGAGGUAACAGUGUUCUCCUGUCAGGGCUGUGAGUGACACAGGUCAAGGGGACCAAUGCUCCAGGGUAGGGCCAGAAGGACAUGGACAGACUGGAAAUGGAGCCAGAAGGAAGUGGCAAAGUUAAAAAAGACAAAUGCCAGGUCCUGUAUCCAGUGCUCCUGAGAAAAAAGCACAGCAACAAUCUCAGGAGAGGCCAGUGAAGAAUCCCCAGAAAGGCUCGGGCUGGAGCCCCACGCUGAGGGCAGGGGCUGGAAGUUCUGAGUGGAUUCUGCCAGCAAGGGGAAUGGCUUUGGGGACAUUUGCCAGUCCCUAUAGGGAGGUUAUCCCAAAACCAGUGCCACACUCAUUACAGUGGGGCAUGGAGGGAGGAGGAGGAGUGGCAGGCAAAAUCCAGACAAAUUCCACCAUUGUCUUGUCCCCAUCCUCAAAGGAAGCAUUUGUACCCAUGUGGAGUCCAGGACCAGCUGGCAGUGCUGCUGCAGGGAUCUGUGACAGGAGUGACAGUGGUUUCUGCUGGAGAAAGAAUUCUUGAGUAGGAGGGUGCAUCCCUUAAUACAAGCAGGGAAACAGAACUGGGAGAAGUUCCUGGUAUUAAAACAGUGCAGUUGGGUUUGGGAGGUACAGCACGUGCUUGGAGAAGGUAAGUUAAGAAUCUGAUUUUCAGAAGUGACAAGUAUUUAUGGGGAUCUGGGCCCAAUCCUGAAGGCUGCACCACCAAUUUGAGGUACUUGGUUUAAAAAACAACUCCCUAACAUUUCACAAGUUCAUGGAGAUUUUAUUUACUGCUGGACACCACUGGCCAGGUUUGAUAUCCAUCAGGAGACCAGAGAGGGACACAAUGAUAUUUCUUAUCCUAAAAGGCUGUUCUGAAGACAUAGACUAACAGAACUGAAGUUUCUGGAAGAUUUCUGAAUCUGGGAGAUUUCAGUAUUGGUGGUCUCAGAAAAGUCCCUUUUCAAAUAUCAAAGUGAGAGGGGGUUUCUCCUAGUGCUGCCAGCAUGUGCCUUCCCUAAAACCUUGGGAGGGUGGCCAGGUUGUAUUGGAAUGCCAUGGCACCAAGUUUCUGUUUGAAAUAAGGAAAUGCUCAGCAUUGCCACAAGAAAAAGGUGUAAUUUUGUAAACUCCAAGCAGAUGAGUGAAAAAGGCCCCUCUCUCCUGCCAGCUGAUGCCCUGCCUGAGAGCUGCUCAAAACAGGCAGAGCCCGGAGUCACUGUUCUAUGUUCACACAGGACACAGAUUUACAGCCACACACACACACAGCCAGUCACAGCUGCUCUUGUUUUACCACUUGCUGCUUUUCCAGCCCCUGACACCCUCUGACCCACAUUUCCUCUGGCAGAGGCUGCCCUUCCCGUGGUACCUGUGUUGGAUUUCCACACAGGGCAUUCAUCCCCAUCUAGGGUUGUAGCCUACACUUUCCCUGCUUCCCAGAUGCUGUUACUGUUCAACCUCACACCUCUUGGCAUUCCAGAUCCACAGUUUAUGCUUGGACCAUCUCCUACUGCCCUAUCACCAAGAGCAGAAGCUGAAGGACACCAAAGUGAAGCAAUACGGUUUCCCUGCUGCAAAAACAUCACUCUUUCAACCUCUAGAUUCACUCCCCGUGGCAGUCCUUCUUUCCUGGGGUUCCCACUUUACAUUUCCAUGGCACUACACAGUGAACUCCAGCUAAACUCACUCCUUCUAGCAGGAACAGCUGCAGGCUCUGAGCAGGCAGUGUUCACCCAGCCUGAGCUGGAGCAAUCUCGUUGCUGGGACCUUCAAACACACUGGGCACUGCUUGGUGCCUUCUGUGUCCAGUCAGUGCCACUGCCAGGGCUCUGUCCCACCUGUCCAAGUCCUCUCCCAGGCCUCUGGACCACAUCAUCUCCUCCAGGGAGCUGUGCAUUGGGCUGAGUGGGCAUGGUUAGUGCAGGUGGUGAGGGUACAGGGAGUGUGGGUGCCAUGCAGCCACCUCACUCUGUGCUCCUGCAAGUUUGGCCAAAGGCCAGCCCCCAUCACUGCUCCUCUCUGCUGACAAUGGUGGGUGCAGGGACCUCAUAGCCCUGCAAUAGGUAAAAUGGGGCUGUAGCAAGGACUUGGGGCCCAGGAGCUGCAGCUCCCAUCCCCUCCAGCAGCCUCCUCCCAUGGCCAGGUGCUGCAGCCCAGGGGCCUAAGAACUGCAAGGCUGGAGUGGAGUCCAGCACUGGUCUGCACCUGGCACAGCUUGGCAGAAGGUCAGCGUGGGUCCUGUGUCAGAAGGGUUUGGUCCCAUGGGCUCAGAUCCCACUGGUGCAGGCUUGUGAGUGCUGCUCCUCGCUCUGUCACUGAACAGCCUCUCCCCAGGGCCCCUGCAGGGUUAAAAGCUUCUGCUGCGCUUACAGCAUCGAGGACACACGGGCUUCUCCUCACGCAGGUAAGACAAAGCAGGCAGCACCUGGGGCAUGGCAGAGACAUGGAACAUAGGACAGCAUCUGGGGACAGCUUACUAAAGGACCCAGGUGCCAUCCAGUCUCUGCUCUUGGCUGUGCAGGUGAGGGGUGAGAGGGCAGGGCUGCACCUGGUCCCUGUCCUGCACUGCUGCGGGGGGAACCUGGUGCUGACCCCCAGGGCUCCUGGAUGGUGUGGGCAGGCUGUGGCUGCUCUGCUGCCUCCAAUAGAGGCAUCCAGAUCUUUCCAAGAUAAAUGAAUCCUGUGUUGUUACCUGUUCCCUCAGUUCAGCCAUCCCCUCACACUGGGCCUUGGCUGUGCCCAGUGCUCAGGACCCCACAUCCCAGGGCUAAAUGCUCCAGGCUACCUGCUCCGCUCACCUGAGGGAGUAUGGAUGCAGUGGCUUGGUGAGGAGAAGCACCUCCUCCUGCAGGAGCAGUUCCCCGGGUGGGUACAGAGCACAUCUGAGCUCCUGCAUGAGCAGAGCUGCGUCUCUGGCUGCCUCCUAUGUCACCACCACAAGGGUCCCUCCCAUCUCCCGAGGAAAGGACGGGAACCCGACUGGCACUGGUGGCAUCUGUGUCUCCUCUCUGCUCCCCUUCCAGCCUUUCUGGCCUUGUCUGCCUGGGCAGAGGUGUGUGUACCUGCUCUGUACCCUGUGCACAGGGUAACACCUGCUCAGUCUGGAGUUAGCAUGACAAAUCCCCUUCAGUGCAGGUGAGAGAGGGAGGAAAAGGGUCAAGCAAGGUGGAGGCUCUUUCCAGGCUCAUUCCUCUGCAGUUCAAGGGGGCCAGGGAGAUUCUCCUCCCAUAUCUUCCUAUUCCUUGGUGUGCAGGAUGUCUGAAGACAAAUGGAUUAAAUCUGGCAUCUCCAAACUAUGGCUGUGUUUGCUGACUGCCGCAUCACUCCACACCAGGGUGAAAGCCAGUGUCAUUCCUCUGCACAUUGCUGUGGUUGCUCCACAGCCCUGGAGUUCCACGUUCCAUCCAGCCUGGAUUUGUCAGCAUGGGGAGGGCACCUGAUGAGCUCUCCAGCCCCUGCUGUCCCUCCUGUGGUGGCAGGCACUCACUUUUGGCAGUGCCAGCUUCACCUGUCAGCAGCCUCCUGCCUCUGAUGAACAGGUCAGUAGGAGCAGCACCCAGGCAGGUCCUGGACAGAGCCUUCCCCUGUCCCCCCACACAAGAGGGUACCCAUGUCCUCACCAGCCAGCUGCCUGACUGCUGUGACGGCUCACACAGCCUGAAUUUCCAGUGUACACAGAUCCACAUGCACGUUGUGUGGCACUGCAGCAGGGACAGUGGGAGGCAGGAGGCAAUUCCUGGGGAGUUGCACCAUGCCUUCACCCCCAGAACCCUCUCCCAGACGGGCAGGCUGGGCUAUUCCUUCAUCAAAACGUUCUUGGCUCAGGCUGGAGCUGGGGGAAGAGCAACGGUCUGAGAUUUACAGACCACUGGAUGAUACAGUCCUUGUGUCCCUCUCCAAUAUGUGCAGAAUUAGUAAUUUUAGAAAGCCCAAAGUGUGCAGAAUGAGUAGAUAAAGAAUAUGUUGAUCUGUGCAACUACCUGAGAACGUGCCCAUGCAGAGGUUUCCCAGCCUGGUGCACCCUGAGUGGAGUGAUAAGUUAGGAUGUCACUGUGCCAGGCAAGGAAGAACCCAUCUUCCGAUUGAGCAUUUUCCUCUCUAAGUUUUUUUUUAAAAAAAAGUUGAAAAACUAACAAGUGAAAGAGAAAUUAAUCAGAACUUAAUUCUGCUUCUGCUUAACAAGCCCUGGUAUUGCUCCCAGUGCACAGGGAGAAAAUACCCUCGGAACAGGAUAGUCUUCAGCUGGAGGACCUGAAAAUUAUGAAUGAGACAGAAGUGACAAUGGAGCAAUUCCAACAGAAAACAUGCACAGUUUUAACAGUGCUUUGACAAUUUCCUGUGGUAAGCAGCUACAAGAAACAAACUCCCACCAGCGAAUUCUCCAGCACUUAAUGUUAUAAAUGCAUGACUGAUGCACAGAUACAGGCUUUGGUCAGGGAAAUUAAAACCAGACUAAUGGGUCUAAAGCAAGGGAACCUUGAAACUAAAUUAGAUUGUUUAAUCUCCUGAACAGACACGACAAUUGACUUCUGUUGCUAAAAGUACUUUUAUAAGGAGGAAGGCGGGAUGCUUUCUUUUUUCUUUCUUUUUUCUUUUUUUGGUCUUUUCCCACUGAAGCACCUUGGCCCCACCCAUGGAGUCUGGGGCAUGGCAGGGUGGGCAGCAGCAGCCCUGGCCAUAAGCACCCAGCACACACCACCUCCAUCAGCCCUUGGCUGAAGUUCUGAACUGUAAAUGCUUCCUUGUGCCUCCUCCAUCUCUUGGGCAUGGUGAUCACAGCUCCAUGUGAAAGUGAGCAAAACUAUUGUGUCAGGGUGAAAAUUGAAAUAGGAUGAUGGAAAAAAGGUUGGGAGUUCCAGGCCAGGAGAUCCCUGAUGGCUUAAAUUUUCCUGUGGCUCAAACAAACCCCAUGUGAUGAGCUGUUCUUUGUUGGAACCUUACUUUUCAAAGUGGAAUGCUUGCUUUGUGAGAGCUGGUUAUUACAGAGCAGAAAACAGGAUAAAGAAAUAAACAUUUUUUAACUGGCACAGGGUGAUGGCAUAUCCCCAGCCCAGGGCUGGAGAAGAGCAAGCUUAGUGGCUGUGGCAUCUAGAGAAUUCUGCAACCUGUCCAGGGGCAGGGAAACAUCUACUCGCCAUAAAUACAUUCAGGAGGGGGAGAGACACAUGCUUGGAAUAAUCAUCAGGACUAGGGGCUGGGUAGGGUUAGGGUUAGGAACUCCAAGAGGUGUGGGUGGAUGCCCCCUGCUCUUGGGUUUUUCCAUGUGCUUCUUCUGCAGUCAGGUACCCAACACUGGAUGACAGCUCUUUGAACUCCAAAAUCCAAGUGUCUGUGAAAUCUGAACUUGGGAAAUUUCCAACAACUACAAAGACGGGACCAGAGCCCUUCCACUAGUGACCUCCUUGCCUCAUGGGAGGCUGUGCUUUAGUCCCCUGGCUCACAGUCCCCCCCACCUCCAGAUGCUCAUUUCUGCCCAAAGACUGAUCCAGCUUGCCCCACGGCAGGUAUGAACCAGACUCAGGUGAUGGAAUUUGUGCUCUUGGGCUUUCCCCACAGCCGGCCCUUCUUCUUUGCUCUUUUCCUGACCAUCUACCUGGCCACGCUGCUGGGGAACUCUGCAAUACUCUCCCUCGUGUCCCUCGAUCCCCAUCUCCACAGCCCCAUGUACUUUUUCCUUAGUCACCUGUCCUGCUUAGACCUUUGCUACUCCUCAGUGACGGUGCCCAAGAUCCUGGCAAACACUCUGCGCCCACAGGCAACCAUCUCCUACGGCGGGUGCCUGGCGCAGAUGUUCCUCCUGAUGUGGUGCGCGGGGGCCGAGUGCGCGCUGCUCGCUCUCAUGGCCUACGACCGCUACGUUGCCGUGUGCCAGCCCCUGCACUACGCCCAGGCCCUGAGCCACAGCACCUGUGCAGCAGCUGCUGCUGCCUGCUGGCUCUGGGGGCUGCUGGACUCAGCCGUGCACACCCUCCUGGCGACCCGGCUCUCGUUCUGCGGGGCUGCCCAGCUCCAGCACAUCUUCUGCGACGUGCCGCCGCUGCUGGGGGCCACCUGCAGCAACACCCGCCCCAAUGAGCUGGCCCUGCAUGUGUCCAGCAUCUUUGUGGGACUCAGUCCCUUCCUGUUUGUUGUAAUCUCCUACCUUUGCAUCCUGGCCACCAUCCUGGGGAUGCCACUGGCCACCAGCCGGCGCAAGGCCUUCUCCACCUGCUCUGCACACCUGCUCGUGGUCACCCUGUACUUCAUGACAGCCAACCUGAACUACAACCGGCCCAGCUCAGGUUACUCCCCAGCAGCUGAUGUACUGGUCUCCGUGUUGUACUGCAUCAUCACCCCCAUGCUCAACCCCCUCAUCUACAGCCUUCGCAACCAGGAGGUGUGGGGGGCCCUGCGGAAGGUUGUGCGGGUGGCUGGCACAGCAGGCUCCGCAGGCAACAAUGCCUGAGCAGUGCCAGGGCUGCCACAGGCUGCCCACACGGCGCUGGCACUGCGGUGUCCAUCUGUGGGACAUCUGUGACAGCACGGGGAGCCUGGGGCUCCCAGCCUAAGCAUGUGGCACACUGCUGUCACUCGUCACCCUCAGCACGUCACUGAUAGCAGAAUGGCAAAAUAAAGUCAGGAACAAGGCUACA